UUUUUUUUUGCUUUCAUUUCAAAAAAUCUCUCCGCUCCUAUUUUUCUCUCCCAGUAUGAAAUUACUCGUCGAAAGGUUGCGCCGAAUGCGAUUUAUCAGUUGCGGUAUACUGUGUAGACGUGAGUCGCUCGAGUGGCACACAAUUUGAUUUUGAAAUCGCGAGUUCGAGGACUCUUCCAGUUUGAACGUUAUUAAUUUAACGUUAAAUUGAACACGUACCAACAAGUCAUUGAGUAUCAAUUCGAGCGUGUGCACUUCUUGUCGAACAUUUCGUUAUAUCGUUUUGAAAUUACUAGCUUAUUACGCCUAAUUAAUUUGUUAAUUUUUUUACGCGUUUGAAGUGAUUUUUAAUUUGUUAUCAAAUUUUUUCGCGGGUUUUUCACGCAUUUGUUUCGUGUGACGUUUUGCAACAUCAUCUUCAUAUAUUUACAACUGUGUACUAAUGCAUUGAAAGGAUAGAUCAUCAGUCAGCAUUUCAUCGACGAAAUUGAUUUUCACAGAAAAAAAUGCUGCAAGGCAUUUCAAGAGCUGAACAAGCAGGAUCUCUGUUACCUCCACAUCAUCAUCACCACCAUCACCAGCCAUUAUCUCAUCAUUCAUUAAGCUCAGGACACGCGUGGCCCACAAGUUCAGACGAUGUUUCGCAUAAAGGGCUGGGAUACAUUGCAGAAGGUCACAGCGGUGUGAAUCAGCUAGGGGGUGUUUUUGUCAGCGGACGGCCUUUACCAGAUUCCACCAGGCAGAAGAUAGUCGAAUUAGCCCAUUCAGGAGCACGACCAUGCGACAUAUCAAGAAUACUUCAAGUUUCCAAUGGAUGCGUUUCCAAAAUAUUAGGCAGGUAUUACGAAACUGGUUCGAUAAGGCCUAGAGCGAUUGGUGGCUCAAAACCGAGAGUUGCUACGGCGGAAGUAGUCGCUAAAAUUUCAUCCUAUAAGAGAGAAUGUCCGUCCAUAUUUGCUUGGGAAAUCAGAGAUAGAUUAUUGCAAGAAGGCGUUUGUACCAAUGACAAUAUACCCAGCGUAUCUUCCAUAAAUCGAGUCUUAAGAAAUUUAGCAGCUCAGAAAGAAACCAACCAGUCACCCUGUCCUAUUUCGUCUGCAUCUGAUCCUAUGUAUGAUAAAUUAAGGUUACUAAAUGGCCAGACGUCUCCCUGGUCAAGACCCACUCCAUGGUACCCAACCACCGGAAACACUAGUCCUUUUGCUCUUCAUCCAAAUAGUGCAAGCCCAAGUCACGGUAGUUCGACGUGUGCUUCUUUACCAGAUAUAAUUGAUAAGAAAGGAUUCGACGACGAUAAUUGUCAACUGCGAUUUUCACAAAUGGAGAACAAAAACCAAAUCGACGACAUUUCGAAAGCACUUUCCGAAAUCCGGAUAGCUGGCAGGGAUAAGACGGCAUCGACUGCAGUGCUGGCUGACGUCGCUGAAGAUCUCGCAAAAUUUCAGAAAUUAACCAAUACCAAUUUCACGGUCGAAGACUUGAUGUUAGAUUUAGAUGGAACACCAUCAGAUGAAACUUGUACUUCAGGUGGUGAUAAUUCGAAUCCUGGUUCAAUAAUUGGAGGACCAGAAGAUGAUCAAGCACGAUUAAGACUUAAAAGAAAGCUACAAAGAAAUCGAACUUCUUUUACAAAUGAUCAAAUAGAUAAUCUAGAAAAAGAAUUUGAACGAACUCAUUAUCCUGAUGUGUUUGCUCGAGAAAGAUUAGCUGUCAAGAUAGGAUUACCUGAAGCUAGAAUACAGGUUUGGUUUUCGAACAGAAGAGCCAAAUGGAGACGCGAAGAAAAAUUAAGACAUCAAAAACAAGGCCGAAACGAUCAAUCAAACAGCACAACGAAUAAUGCAACGGAGCUAUCUUCUCCAUCACCUCCAAGACUGUCAACGUUCACUGGGAAUGGCAUGUAUCCAAGUAUACCAGCUCCAAUACCUUCGAUAUCAGAUGCUUACAGUUCUAUGAACUCGAUGUCCAGUUUUGGUAUGCCUUCUGCAGCCCAUAUACCACCGGGUGUACCACCUUCGGGAAUGAUGAGUCCAAAUCCGACGACGUGUCUUCAACAAAGAGACUCGUAUUCAUGUAUGAGCAGAGGUCCUCCGACAUACGAGCCUUUGGGCAUGUCACCAUAUACGCCUUUGAAACCUCCGACAUCUUCGUGUAGUCCAGUUUCCCAUAAUGCUUAUCAUAAUAUGAAUGGACAUCAGUACAAUGCCAACGGUACUUCGGGUUUGAUAUCACCUGGCGUCUCAGUACCAAUCGCCGUGCCAGGCCAAAAUUCUGAUAUGACGGCUCAAUAUUGGCCUAGAAUACAGUGACAGUGGUGGUAAGUGUGGAACUGUUAAUACCUAACAUGUUCUGCAAUGGAGGCAUCAUAAUUUAUUUCAUAUCAAAUACACACGAAUGAUUAAGGCCGAUCGCUUAUUAAUAUCUAUUGUGUGUUUUGUAAUACUCUAUAAACUUUGAAAGUCAAUAUUUUUAUUAUAGAAAUUUUGAAACAAUACGAAUGAAAUUAUUAAUAUUUUUGAUCAUGUUCAUGUUUCCAAUUCCAUAAAUUUUUGCUAUUGAGUUUUAUUUAUUUUUUUAACAUUUUAUUUUUGGUACCUUCCAUAAUAUUGAAUUUUUAUUUGUUUAAGUUACCACUGUAUUUAUUUCUUGAUGUUUAUAUUCAUUUGCAAGGUAUAAUAGAAUGCUUUUUUUUCUUUCAAUUUUGAAUUUCAACUUAUGUGUUUUACUUAUUGCAUGAAAAUGUUAUCAAAUUUUUGAGAAUCAUUGACGUUUUAAUAAUUUUACUGAAAUUUUCAUAAUUUGGAAUGUUCUACGCGAUUUUUCUUGAUUGAAUUUAUUUCUUUUAGAUUAUUUGUAAUGAAAGAAAUUUAGUAUACGAUUUUUAUUAUGUAAAGUAUACGAAUAUUAAUGUAUCAUGUUUGUAUAUAAAAUAAGCGUAGAAAAAUUAUAAACAAUUUUAAUAACAUUGUAAAUUGAUGAAUAGGUGUGUACUGAUCUCCAGACAUCAAUGUGAUCAUUUUGUUUUCUCUUUUUCUUUUUCUUUUCUUUAUUUUUUUUUUCAAUUAAAAAAAGAGUAUAUUUCUAAA